CAAAAGUUUAUUUCUGUGGAUUCAGUGAUGACUUGGGGCGACGAGCUUUGGGAUCAAAAUGACGCGAUCGCCAACCACACGCAAGAAGGCGUCGAGUUCUUGAACACGUACGCCAAGUUCUUGAAGGAGCGAGCACGAAUCGAGUCCGAGUUUGGCGGAUCCAUCCGCAAGCUGGUCAAGCAGUUCGUGUCCGACACCAUCCCCACCAAGAAGAAGGGCGAGGCUGACGAGCAGAGCACGGGCAUGCGCGCCUGGGCAACACUGCUCAGCGAGACCGAGGACAUUGCCAAGCAGCACGAAGUCAUUGGCGAGACGCUUUCCAACUCGCUGGUCGAGCCGGCCAAGAACCUUGCCAAGGACGUGAGCGCAGAGCGCAAAAAGCACCUUGCUGAGAGCGCUCGCUUGCAAGCGAACAUGAAAAAGCAAUUGGAUGAUUUGGACAAGGUCAAGAAGAACUAUGAAAAGUGCUGCAAAGAGGCCGAGGCUGCCAAAAUUGCUUACGAAAAGGCUGGCAAGGACAUGAACAUGACCAAAGCACAAGAGGACAAGUUCAAGGUUACUUGGCAGCAAAAGCAAAAGCUUGCCGAAGAUGCGCAAGCAGAGUACUUGAUUAUGGUCGAGAAGACCAACCAGGUCCGGAAAACGUACUACUACACCGACAUGCCAUCUGUGUUUACUGCUAUGCAGCGAAUGGAAGAAGACCGAACUGCCAAAAUGGCAACCAUGUUCGCCCAGUACGCUGAUGUGGAGCGAAGCACCAUGUCGAUUGUCACGACCUGCCUGAACAACAUGACUACCGAGGCUGGCAAAGUGCAGCCAUCCCGCGACACUCAGCUCUUUAUCGAAGACCACAAGAGCGGAUUCCAGAUUCCGGCCGAUGUGCAGUACGCCGAGUACGGCGCCAAGGCUGUCGCGCCACCGCCUUCUGCUGCCAUUGCUCGCGUUGGUACCACCAAGAAGAAGACGGGUGGUCUGUUUGGCAAGAAAAAGAAGGACGACGGUAGCGAUGACUUUUCGGACCUGCCGCCGGAAAAGCGCAAGAAGCGCAUCGGCCAAAAGAUUACCGAGCUUGAAACAGAAAUCGGCAAGGAGCAAAAGAAGAAGGACAGCUUGGACAACAUGAUCAAGCUGUACACGGAAAAGCCACAGCUCGCUGACGAGAAGGCCAUGGCGGAGGCUCGCCAACAGCUGGCCGAGACGGCAAAGACAAUGGAUUCGCUCGGCAAGGAGCUGUACAAGUUCCAGUGCUAUCUGGCUGCGUUCGAGAAUAUGGCUGGAGGGGCGCCUGCCACCCCGUCUCGAGGCGGCAUUUCGCGCAUGGAGAGUGCCUCGAGCUCGCAGCAAGACGAAGACGAGGACUUCCCCACCCAGUCAUGUCGCGCACUGUACGACUUCGCCGCCAGCGGCGAGGGCGAGCUCAGCUUGACUGCCAACGAAACCUUGACGCUUCUCGAGAACGACGGCAGCGGGUGGGCUCGUGUCGCUCGUGGCGACGACGAAGGCUACGUUCCCGAGUCUUACAUUGAGAUCAUUUAAUUUUGUGUUUUGUUUUUCGGAGGUGAAGACUGUUUUUUGCGCAUGCUCGUCUCUGUUUGCUUUUUGUUUGUUUGUCUGUGGGGCCCUUGGUUGUGGCCCGUUGUGCUGCUGCUGUUGACUGCUUGGAGCCAUCGUAGCUUUUGCGUGUGGUGUGAUUUGUGUGUGUUUUUGUGUAUGUUUCCUGAAGUUGUGUCAAUCGAUUUUGAUGCUUCCUUUUCCC